AUGAGACCAACAAUCAUUGAACACGGUGCCGACGACAUGUCGGUACUUGAGCUCACUCCCGCAGACCAGGACCUAUGUUCCUGCUUGCAAGCCGAGCCGAUCAUGAUCGAAAACACAGAAAUGCAAAUUCGCCAUACAAAAGAUAGCUCGGUUCACCCUGGAGUCAUGGCUCUGCAACCAUACCCGCACAAAGUGGGAGGCCACUCGGCGCUCUACCGAUUCUCGGACGAAUCUAUCUGCAAGCAACUCGACAAACACGAGCAUCAGUUCUACGAGCAUAUGGAACGGAAGAACAGGGACAUGGUAGCCUUUUUGCCAAAAUACAUCGGUGUUUUAGCUGUAGCCGUUUCCGAUAAUAUGAUCCCCUACGUCGCGAUGGAGGAUAAUAUGCAUAUCGUCCCGGUUGACAUCCUCUGGAACAGUCCGCGACUAACCAGGGCCGACGGCUGGCAGUCCCGACGCAGACCAAAUAGCCCUAUCUGCUGGGGGGUCACUUGCGUGAAUACACGAUUGCGUGGGAAGGUAUUCGAAAAUGCGUUCGGGGGCAUGGGUCACAGGCAGCAGGUACAGCUUCGUCGAUGCGAUGAUGUCUUUGCAGAUAGGAAGCCAUACGUCCCACAUCCCACUUCUUCUAUCCAUGAUUGGAAUGAAGGAGACGAACUUUUUUUCAUGGACGAUCUUGCAGCGACUAUGACCUGCAAAAAGGUUGAUGAUCGUAUCUUUGCCGCUAAGCAACGGGGGAUGGUGAGAUUCAGAGAAUGCAUUUCUUUUGACCUCUUGUCCGCCCAUCGCCGAUUCAAUAACACUGACAGUCUUCAGACUGCGAGGGACCUUCGACCGUUCCUCCUUCUGGAAGAUCUAACCGCUGAUAUGAAACGACCCUGUGUUCUUGAUAUCAAAAUGGGCACUAGGCAUUAUGGAAUCGACGCUGACGAACAAAAGAAAGAAUCGCAGACUCGGAAGAGUUGGAAAACGACUUCAAAAACUCUAGGAGUCCGACUUUGCGGAAUGAAAACCUGGAACGCUGAAAAACAAGAGUAUCUCUUUGAAGACAAGUACAAAGGGCGGGAGAUGAAAUCUUGUCGCGAGAUUCAGCAGGCCUUAGGCAGAUUUCUUUGCGAUGGUGUCAGCUAUCAAAGAAGCGCUGCAGAAAAGGUUCUGGUGAUUUCACAGCAUUUAGAGAGACUUGAAAAGCUUGUACGAAUGCUUCGCGGAUAUCGGUUCUAUUCGAGUAGUCUCUUGAUACUCUAUGAUGGAGAGGUUUCGCAGCCUGGUAAAGGUGCGCUCUCCGUACAGGUUAAAAUGAUUGAUUUUGCAAAUUGCGUUACACCCCAAGACAAAAUUCCACCGGACUGUCCUUACCCGCCACUGUGUCCCUAUGAGCCUGACCAUGGAUAUCUUCGCGGGCUCAACACUUUGAAAAUGUGCUGUAAAAGUCUCUUGGGCAGUGAGAGAGUAAUUCAAGAGGGCAGCUUGAAAACGAAGUCGAAAAGGAUGUGA